AUGAUGAUAUUGGCCCUCUUUCUUGCAGAGGCCGUUUCGGCGAGCGCUGUUUCGGCGAGCGCUUCGGCGAACCCGAGACUCGGCCCUGCCGAAGAUCCCCGCGAUGGCCCUGCGCAUGGCUAUGGCCAUGGCUGCCAGUACCGCAAGGUCUCUCUGACACACGACGAGGCUGCGCUGUUGCAAGACGUCUUCGAACACGACCCGCUCGAGGGUUGGUUGACGCUUGAUGGGCAGCCGUGCACACCUUCGUCAAAGUUCCACUGGCAUCCUAGCACCGCAUUUCCAACGGUGACGUAUCCACCGCCGGUGGAGGUCUCCACACUGGCACGCGUGGCAGAUGUGAAGGCCCAGAAGGCAUUUCUUCGCUCCUUUCACGGCCUUUCCGAUGUCACGGCCCACGACAUCCAUCAGGCGCUGCACGGCGAGGUGCCUGCGGUGCCUGCAGCUCCGGCCCCGGCCAAGCGACAGCCCGCUCAGCGACCAGCGCCAGCGCCAGCACUGCCUUCACCUGUGGCCGAUGUGGCCGUGCCUGCCCGGCCGGCCCUGGCUGGUCGGCCUGCUGGAAAGAGCCAGGAGCCAUCGGUUGCGGAGGCCGUGAUGAAGAACUUGGACGCGAAGGUCGACAAGCUCGCCAGCAAGAUCCAAGAGGCCGCAGCAAAGCCGCCGUCGGCUCUGGAGGCUGUAGUGAAGCAGCUGGAUGGCAAAGUUGAUGGCCUCGCUGGGCGGCUGGAGGAGGUUGAGUCCAAGAGCCAGCAAGCAAAGGCACCCUCGCCUUCUGCAGCACAGCCAUGGGGUUCGAUGGCUCCGACCGCGACGGUUCCCCAAGAAGUCGCACAACCCAGUCUCCCUCCGCCGAAGGCCGCGAUAAGAAAUUUGGAUGCCAAAAUCGACAAGCUCGCCAGCAGGAUCCAACAGGCCGCAGCAAAGCAGCCGUCGGCUCUGGAGGCUGUGGUGAAGCAGCUGUAUGGCAAAGUUGAUGGCCUCGCUGGGCGGCUGGAGGAGGUUGAGUCCAAGAGCCAGCAAGCAAAGGCACCCUCGCCUUCUGCAGCAGAGCCAUGGGGUUCGAUGGCUCCGACCGCGACGGUUCCCCAAGAAGUCGCACAACCCAGUCUCCCUCCGCCGAAGGCCGCGAUAAGAAAUUUGGAUGCCAAAAUCGACAAGCUCGCCAGCAGGAUCCAACAGGCCGCAGCAAAGCAGCCGUCGGCUCUGGAGGCUGUGGUGAAGCAGCUGUAUGGCAAAGUUGAGUCCAAGAGCCAGCAAGCAAAGGCACCCUCGCCUUCUGCAGCAGAGCCAUGGGGUUCGAUGGCUCCGACCGCGACGGUUCCCCAAGAAGCGGGACCCUUGGCGCAGAGGCAGGCGCUGGCAGACCAGGAGGUGCCGGUGGACCGGAGGGCGUCCCAGGAGGUCAAGGUGAUCAUUGCAGGUGACGAGGAGGUCACGGAGCACCGAGAGGCCACUUCCACCACCCAGAGUGCGCAGCUUCGCGACAUCAGCGACAAGAUAGAUGAUCUGGCGAAAACUUUGAGCAAGAAGGAUCUUCCUGAGCGGCAGGCAGUGAAGGAAUCGACCAGUGCAGAGGCGAUUGGGCAACUGAACGCCAGAGUCGAUGGCCUCGCCAACAGGAUCAGCGAGGUGGAGUCCGAGAACACAAGGACCAGGAGCUUUGAGACUGAGGCCCUGCCUCCAGUUGGCCAGGUGCAGCUGGUCAAUGCGAAGGCAGACAUGCAGCAGGCGAUCCUCACUGCAGCACUCGGGGCUCGUGCGCAGAUACAGGGAAAAGUCGAUGCCUCCGACCAUGUGAGGGCAGAGCUGCUUCACGGCUUAAACGUCUCCUUGGCUGGCGCAAUGGGGGAGGCGCAAAGGAAGCUCCAGAGGUCGGAGGCAAACGUGGCCGAGACGGCGAGAAAGGCAGUCGACGGGACCCUCACAAGCAUCCUCAAAGCCUCAAUGGACAAGGUUCUAGGUGUUGGUCUUGCUGCCGCAUCACUGACCUCGGAGGCAGAAAGCUUGCAAAGCAACGCCACGGCCCUCCUGGACCAGGUGGAGGCAGAGGCCCUGUCGGGCAAGGACGCUGUGCCGCGGCCAUCUAAUAGCACCUCAAAAAGCUGA